UGUUAAUUAUGCAAUUUAUAAACAUGUCGCAGCUGUAAGCAAAAUAAAUAUAAAAAAUAUACUGCGCGUGCGCUGAACUGUAUCUUUAAAAAACAAUGUCUUUCAUGCGCGCGGCCGUACUGUUGCGAGGGCCGAUCGGAUCGGGGCCGCGCGCGCAGGAAGGCUGAUGACCACCACCGAUAGAGCCGUCACGUCACGGAUCUGCAGAGCAGAGAGAUGCUGAGGUGACAGGUAGAAAAAGGAGAAACUGGACCACCUCUCCUCGGACACGUCUCCCUCUCCUGCUCUCCACCCCAACCCCCUACACCGCCUCCAACCAAUGGCCUCCUCACGCACUAUGGAACUCUUCGUGUCCGCACCGCUCCGGAUCCCACAGGAUAUACUGUAACCACGCCCGGCCCUUCGGAUCAAGGACUGGCAGCGAAGACCCGAGGGUUCUCAAUCAGGUUCCUGAUGUCCAGCUGAGCGUUGGUCAAAGAAAGCAGUGAGGACAUUGUCCCCAUUUCACAGACGGGAUGAGCGGAGGAGCGGAGCAGGCCGACAUCCUAAGUGUGCUCUCCCUGGUGAAGGAGCGAUGGAAAGUGGUAAAGAAGAUCGGUGGUGGUGGGUUUGGGGAGAUCUACGAGGCUCAGGACCUGCUGACGCGGGUCAGUGUGGCGCUGAAGGUAGAGUCAGCCCAGCAGCCCAAACAGGUGCUGAAGAUGGAGGUCGCUGUCCUGAAGAAGCUCCAGGGUAAAGACCACGUGUGUCGCUUUGUGGGAUGCGGCCGCAACGACCGCUUCAACUAUGUCGUGAUGGAGCUUCAGGGUCGAAACCUGGCGGAUCUGAGGAGAAGUAUGCCUAGGGGAACAUUCAGCAUCAGCACCACCCUGCGUUUGGGGCGCCAGAUCCUGGAAGCCAUAGAGAGCAUUCACUCUGUCUGCUUCCUUCAUCGUGACAUCAAACCGUCCAACUUCGCCAUGGGCCGCUUUCCGAGCACUUGUCGGACCUGCUACAUGCUGGAUUUUGGUUUAGCUCGCCAGUUCACCAACUCCUGUCAGGAGGUCCGACCUCCUCGUCCAGUCGCAGGGUUCAGGGGAACAGUUCGCUACGCAUCCGUCAAUGCACACAAGAACAAGGAGAUGGGUCGCCACGAUGACCUGUGGUCUCUCUUCUACAUGCUGGUAGAGUUCCUGGUUGGACAGUUGCCGUGGAGGAAGAUUAAAGACAAAGAACAUGUUGGGAAGCUCAAGGACACCUAUGACCAUCGUCUAAUGCUCAAACACCUGCCUGCGGAGUUUGGGGUGUUCUUGGAGCACAUUUUCAGCCUUGACUACUACACCAAACCUGACUACCAGCUGCUGAUGUCAGUGUUUGACAACAGCAUGAAAACCUAUAAUGUUGUUGAAAAUGACCCCUAUGAUUGGGAGCGAACCACCACAGAUGGCACUCCGACAAUCAGUGUCAGCGCCACGACGCCCCAACACCACACUCGACUCACUCCUGCACAAAUGGGCAUGGCGAAUGCCUCUUUGAUCCCCGGUGACCUGCUGAGGGAGAAUACAGAUGAGGUCCUGCAAGACGAGCAGCUCAGCGAUGUGGAGAACAACGUUGCUCUAGAGCGAGCGCCGUGCUGUCCCCUCCCCCAGCAUCGCAACCAGGAGCCUGACGUCUGGGAAGAGCUGGAUCGCAACCGCAACAGAGUCAGGACGGCCGCCUGGAAGACGGGAACAGAGGACGAUCACUGCAACCAGGGUAAUCAUGGACACCAGAGUCCUUAUGCAGGACCAAGUCUGGGCUCUCCUGUCAAACUGCACUCAGAGGUGGCCCCUGGAGAUCGUGAUGGGCCUUUAAUGAGGAAGCUCCGCAAUAUCCAUAGUUUGGAGCUAGAGAGGAGGCUGGGCCUGGAUUCUAAGCCCAGCUCAGAGCGUUUCCCGGAUGCCUGUUCAGGGAAACAACAGUUUGGCCCCCAGCAUCAGGAGAAGGAGGCUGGUGUUACCCCAGGAACUCAGGGUCAAGCUGUGCCUGGAGAGCAAUCAGACAGGGUCUGGCACUAUGAUGAGGAGUUCCGGUCUGGAGAUGCUUCUCCAAAGCCAGCAUCACCAGGGUCUUUUGAGCAGGGAGCGGGGGCAGCUAGCAGCGGGGGCUUCGUGGCCCUUAAUUUGAGCUCUGGGAGGCAGGACGUUGACUCAAGGGAGUGGGUAAUGGUGGAGCGGCCCAGCGGCUCACCUGGAGCCAAAGCUCCAACCAGCCCUUCAGAGGAGGAUGAGGAGCCUGAAGUGCUACAGCCAGAGGAAGACACACCUGGAUGGGAAAAGGGUUCCCCAAGCCCGGGUUCUGGGAAAGCUAAGCAGGAAAGCAUGGCGUCCUCUAAGGGAAGUGCAAAAAUGGACAAAUUAGAGCUCAGUGUGGGUCCUGUAGGUGCUCUGCCACCUAUCACUCCAACCAGCCCAGCUGAAGCUCUGGCUGAGGGAAUACUUACUCAGUUCCCCACCUCUCCUCCAUCUCUGCCUGAGGAGGUCGUGGUACGGACGUCCAGCCCUAUCCCUCUGCGCUCUCCCAGUCCUCACACCCUCCUCACCACCCUGUCGGACCCACUGCACCAGCGCCAGCCUGCAGGCUUGAGGCGCAGCCAGUCGGCCGACCACCAGCAGCAGCGGGAACGCCCGUCCCUUUCUCCACCACCCAACCCUUCCCCAGGCACUUGCUCGCCCGGCCGCAGGAAACUGCCGGCCAUCCCUGCUGGUGCUGCCAACACAAAGUUCCCCUCAGUCAUUCGCAUCACUCGCGCCCAGCUUCAGCAGCUGACGGCUCAGCGUCCCUCUGGGCUGUCCUCUCAAUCAGCAUCAGACAGCGCUCCACAGUGCCUCCUGCUGGAGAGGCGUGGUGAAGCUGAAACUGUGGCUCAACAGAUCAAAGAGCACACAGCAGACACCAGUUCCCCCCAGGACCAUGUGCCCACCCGCCCGGGGACACCAACCGACCCCCUGGCUGAGACUCUAGUUAACAGAGACAGCCACACCAAAGCUCAAAGCCCUGUGCCAAGCCGCGCAUCAUCACCACGCUCUCCCCGUUCAGUGCACUCGCUUCCUCUACGCUCACCCUCCUCUCCACACUCUCCCCGCAGCCCCGUGCUCACCAGUGGUCGUCUCUCAUCUCCCGUUAACAGCCAAACUAACACCGCUCUCCAGAAGCUAAAAGACCCGGACAAUGAUUCUAGCCCCUCUCCAUGUGCCACAGAGCCUCAGAUGAAGGAGGUAAAGGGUGGAGAAGGGAAUCUGGCCCCACAGCAGACUGGUGACCCAGCUCCAAGCUCUUCUCCCAUUGCUUCCCGUAAAGAUCCCAGCCGGAGACAAAGCCGGAUUCCCGUUCUUGAGCCCUCCUGCCUGCUGGAGCUCCCUCCUCCAGGCUCUGCCAAGGAGAAACUCUUGCAGAAAAGAGCUAGCCACCAUGGCUCAGUUCCUUCUCCCACUGCCUCUCCCUCCCUCUCUGACAGGCGAGGCCCCAUUGUUGCCUCUCUCAUUAGAGAUCCACCGUCCUCCACUUCUGACCGCUCACAGGAUGAGGACUCUCUCAUAGGCUCCCGUUCUGACCGCCAGGGAGAUGAGGCUCCAUCUCUGUCCUCCUCCUCCAGUCCUCUGUCUCGCAAGAGCAGGAUCCCUCGACCGGUUCAUUCUGCCCCCUCUGCAGAGCAGCUGACGGCCCAGUUCCUGCCACGCCCACCCCCCGGAAAACCCCCGAGUCGUUCCACAGUGGAGGGCAGGCUCAGGCGUUACCGCAUCCGUGCUGGCAGCAACAGUGACUCAGACCUGCUGUCAUGCCUCACACAGCUGAUGCAAGGCUCCCGCAGCUCCUCCCUUCACCAUCGUUCCUCUGUGCAGCACGGCAGCUCCAGGAUGGGUGUCUGCAGCCUGGCGAGCUCUCCACAUCAUCAUCACCACCGCAGCUCCAGCGCCUCGCCACGCAGCUCCUCCUCUUUGCAACGCUCCGUCAGCUCCUCGCCCUCCCGCCUCGAGCACCGCGGUGGCGGGGGAGGGAUUUGCUUGGGCCGCAGCCACUCACCUCCCAGCUUCUCUGGCUCCCCUCCUCCCCGCCGUUUCUACCUCCACCACCAGGAGACGUGCUGCAGCCGACAGGCUCGCACAGGUCCCCUCCACCUGUCCAGGGGAAAGGGCUGCAGCCGAGAGGAAAAGUGCUCCAGCAAGCUGAGCAGAUAGCUGCCCACCAGGCUGUGGUGCAGCAGCAGAGGAGAGGGAGGUUCCAGAGAUGAUAGAAUAGACAACAGAAAAGAUAAGGCCCGAGUCUUCCUGUUCUAGUAGAGAAAUAAUUAGGUUCCCUUCGCUGGCAGAAACUCUUCCUAAUAUUCUCUUUGUUUUUCAUUUGCACAAAGGGUUUUAUUUUUUUUAUUCAUUAUUAUUAUUAAUUCAGCUGAUUAAAGUUGUGCAAACACAAAAUUUAAAGUAAAACAAGCUCCAAAUUUGAAUUUGAGUUUUAUUCACUUUCUCGUGAAAAAAAAAUAAGAAUUUCAUUUCUUCACAGUUUGUAUGAGGAUGCUGGAUAAACAAACUGAGCCUUAUGGGUAAAAUUAGACACUUCAGCCAUUAUAAUAAUUUAUCAGGCAGGCAAUGUGGCCUUUUCGACAUCCUCAUGGAAUAUCUCUCACUGUGUAGACCAGGGGUGUCAAACAUACGGCCCGCGGGCCGGAUCCGGCCCGCAUGCGGGUUAAAUCCGGCCCACGAGAUGGUUGUGUAAACUUUAUUUUCAUACUUUACAAUGUAGAGUGAAAAUAAACUUAUCAUUGUGAGCAAGUUUCCUCUGUAAUGAGUAUAAAUAAAACAAAGCUGUGCUCAAGGCUCACACAAGAACUUGAAUCACAUCCUGAAGUUGGCUGCCACUCAGGAUGUGACUUCUAAUAUUGAUGUGCUGGUGAAAGCUAAAAGAUGUAAAGUAAAAUGAGUCAAAUAUACUUUAAGUGAUGCAUGAAACUGAUCUAGCCAUGUGAUCUGUAAGCUCUUUGAAUCACUAAGGAAUGUUUUUUUUUUAAUUUAUAGAUUUUUUAUUUUUUAAAAUUUCAAGUACACUUCAGGAGUUGUACUUGUACUAUUUUGGAUACACUGUCCUCAGGCUCCAGCUUUGUUUUAUAUUGAUUGUAUUAAAACAAAGAAAACAAUCUGAAGUUGUUUUUAAUUUACAGGUCUGGCCCACUUGGGACUAGAUUUCCCUCAAUGUGGCCCCUGAGUUAAAAUGAGUUUGACACCUCCGGUGUAGACACAAGAAAAAAUGAGUAAAAGUGAUUUUUUUUCAUGUUGCAGGCAGAAAUAUUACACCUAAAAAGCAACUGAUUGCACCAUUGGACACAUAAACCCAUAGUAAUCUUAAUUUUUUAGCCCUACUAUAAAUGCACUUGGGAAUUUCUGAUUCCAGCUCAGUGAAAUAAUGUUCACAAUGUUGACUACAUUAUCUCCUCUCAUUUAGGAGGGUGCGAGCAGGGUAUGGGGUUUUUAUCUCUGCUAAAUUAAUCGUUUUUUAAAGGUAAUUAUUUAGAUGCUUUGUUUGCUAUGCUUCUGGCUCCUGCUUCUUCUGUGUGUGAUCUGGCGUCCCUCAGAGCAGCUUUCAGUGUUUAAUUAAAGGGAGUGCUCAGUGUGACCCUUCGUACAAUCAGUCAUGUUGAGUGCGUGAUGGUGCGCACCGUUUUGUGCCUACUGUGAUGCUGUGAGCGAAUCUUGAAGUCACACUGAAUGACGUGAAUAUUAUUAUUAUUAUUAUUGGAUCCUGUUGGUGUUGCAGACUGAAACAUGAUGCGUUUGUCUCAUCGUGUGCCUUUACACUUGGCCAGCUUGAGGGUUCACUCUGGUGUUAAAAAUAGAAAAAAUUACAGCAAAAGAGCCAAAAACAGACAUCUGCCAGCAGUUAAAUGAUAACCCUUUUAUUGUAAAUAAGGUAGCAAGUGGUUGUUUUUCUUUUUGAGCAGAAUUGAGUAAAGUUAAAGUGGAGACACUUGUUGGGUUUCAGCUCUCCUGUGUACACACAGGUCACGUUAUCAAACUCUUACCUGACUAAAAACAGGUUCGCAUUUAUUUUAUCCAGAACUAAAAGGCUUUCUUUGUGCGUGUUAAUUCCUUUGUUUGUUAGCGAAAUAUCUCAUGAGCAAUAGAACAGAUUCUAAUGAAACGUCCAGAAAGUAAAUCAAUGGAUGUAAAACACAAAUAAUAAAUGUUUGGAGUCAACUUAAUUCAAGAUCCAAUCAGAAUCUAUGGGUAACUCAACUUAGAAAACAUGUAGUACAUUUUACUGGUGUUGAUCCUGAACGCUGUGUGAAAGUAGCUAAGAUGCACCCCAUCAUAUUUUUGCAGAGAGCUGCUUAUUGCUAACGAUUAUGAUCCAAGAUAAUUCAAGAUGGCUGCAAUAACCAACUGAUGUUAACAAAAAUGGCUAAAAUGUGUUCAAAUCUACUGACAAUAAACUCAGAUUUGUUGUGUCAGUAGCACAGAGCCCUCCUAAAUAAACACUCCAAAUUCAAUACAUUCAGUUGUGAUAUGGCAUGAGACUACCGUACAAGUUAGUAUUAUUUUUGAGAUACAAAUGCUGGCAUAAAGCUGUGGAGUUUACUUUCUUUACAUUCUUUCAAAGAAAAAUGUUGCUGCACUGAAGAACUCCUCAACAACCAUUUCCUGUUAAACAUCCUGUAGGACAGUGGUACCCUACCUUUUUUCCUUGAGAACCCCUUUCUAGGGGUCAGGAAAAGCCAAGGGCCCCGACCCUAACUCCUACAUUGGUGGUUCUAGGGAUGGGGCCACAGGGGCGUAGGGAGCCUAAGUCUCCUCCCUUUCCAGUCGGCUCAUGCCGAUCCUGGAUCGCACAUAUGUUGUACUGCAGUUUAAAUGAAAAGUAAUGAUGGGUGUUUCAACCAUGUCAGUCACGUACUUUUAGAUUUAUCAGCUUGUAAAAGUUCGUAGUUAGCAUGGCUAUAAACUAGAAAUCGGCACAUCACAUAUGUAACAUCACCACAUAAUCUCCUCUCCCCUAGCGUAGCUGCUACUUACCAAAUGGCCAGAUUUACGGUGGUUCUUUCCUCCUGUGGGAAAGAUUUAAAGUUUGCUGAACUUACAGCCAUUUCCCCUCUGUUUUCUCCGUGUCUGGUUCGAUGACGUCACUUUCGUGAAGCACAUUUGCAGUCCUGGACUUAUUUUCACACAAAACCUAAAAUAGCGUUUCCCCCCAUUUGAAAAUAAAUGCUUUCUUGGUAUCAAAAAGCUUAUUUAAAAUUCACUGGACAUCAGACAUCAUAUGUGAAAUCCAUAGAACAUAACAAGCGGAAUUAGAAAAUAGCUCUUUUGGACCCAUUGACUUGCAUUCAUUUAUUUCGUUCUUCCAGGGACCCAUUGUCCGGAAGUAGAUGGGCGUGACUUAGUCUCCCUAUUGGCCCCUGCUGAAAUCUGAUUGGCCCCCUGAAACGCUCCUGUCCUCCCACUCAUCUGUUCUUUGCACGAUGAUCAGACUACAGAAGGAUGCAAUUCCAAGUCCAAACGCUAGUGGCACUAAUGAGCCAAUUUUUAAUUCUUAAUAAUUUUAAUUCUUAAUAAUUCUUAGCGUGAUAUUUUGUGUAAAGAUGCUGGACUAAUACUUGGCGCCUCUAUAAAUAUUGUGGCCCCUUGAUGGUCCUAGCUCCUGCCUCCGUAUACUAAAAGGGAUUCUUUGCAAACUUUAAACAGAAAUACGCAGUUUUAACUCUUAAACAGAGUUGUAAUUAUACUAAUGGGUGUGUAAUUGAGAUUUUAAAAAUGUAAGUUUUAUAUAUAGUCCUUACAACCCUUUAAUCUUGUGAGGGUCCUCUUGAGGGAUCGUGGACCCCAGGUUGGGAACCACAGCUGCAGCAUUCGGCUUCUUUUAUAGCUGCUCCUUCCACACACAGAAAAUAAAAAAUAAAACUUACACAACUAUUAGAAUUUGCUGUAAAAAAAUGCACACAAUUUAGCAUUUCAUUCCAUUGUUUAAAGUUGUAGAAUGAGUAAAGUGAAUGCACUUCCUCCACUGAUUAGUUGCUGGGGUGUGACAGCCUCUGGAUCCGUGUAGCUGCUUGGCACGAUGAACAAAAUGUUACGGAUAGCAGGAGAAAAGGCUGAAGGUCGUAAGAGUUUGUUUUGACUUUGAAGACGCUGCUGCGCUCACAGACAAAAUAAAUAUAGUCGAAUAUUUGACCAAUUUUUCUGAUGUGGUUGGAACUGAUUAGAUGAAAGGGUGUUUGCUUUGUGGAUAUCUGCUGUUUUUCCUCAGUUCAUGCAGAUUAGUCUGCAGAUUGAUGACUCAUCCCAAAGGCAGACAGCGUUCAGUCAGUCGACUGCCUUAAAUUCUAUUCUCUUCCCUCUCCAUGCAUAGCGAGGGAUGACUGAGCCAUGUCUGUUAGGCUGAACCGAGCCUUCAUGGCUCUUCUCUCUAGUCUCUUAACGACACGCUCCACUAUUCCUGUUCGUCCCAUCGUUCGCCAACUUCUGUAUGAGUGGAUCAUUGAUAAUCUAAGUAAUGGAAACCUGGUAGAUUUAAUUUUGUUGUGCUUUAACUAUGUGCACACACAGAUGACUCAGCAGAUUUUCAUAUUACCAGCAACUGAUCUUUAAAUUCCUUCUCUGUCAACCAACAAAAGCAAAAAAAUAAAUAAAUUAGUAUUUAAAUACAAAAAAAAAAUCUGUAUUGUUAAAGAAUAACUUAUGCUAAGGAUGGAAGAAACACUAAAAAUGCUGCUGGUUUUACAAGAUAAUCAGAUUUCUUCAUGUUUUUAUUUAUUUUAUAUUAACAGUGUGUGUAGCUGCAGCAUUUGUGUAGCAUUUUGGUGUUUGUUGUUUCUGGUUCCCAAAGGCCAAAGGUAACUUUUCUUUGUCUUUUUUUAAAUGGAAAUAAAUUGUUUUGGGUGUCUAAUUGUACACUUUUAAUGUAAUAAAAUUUGAUUACUUGUUAAUAUUUAUAGAAACUUUACAGAGAUUAUUUAUUCCCAUCCAUUAAUUUGAAUUUUGAUAUUUUUUGUGUUUUGUAUUUUAUGGUUUUUCAAAUGUAACUGUACAGUCUCAAAGAAAGAAUGUAACGAGUUGGAAUUUUGCAUUGUAUAUAACUGUAAUUAUUUAUGUUUAUUCUUUCAUUUGUAUCAUAGCAAUGCUUUGUACAGUGUUUUUUUCCUUUUGUUUAAAAGUUAUUUUGUAUUUUAUUUUUAUAAACUGGUUAUGAAAGAAAUACUCAUUCUGCAUGCCGACAGAAUCAUUCCACAUGUUUCUGUAUAUAAUCCUGCACACUAGACAAAUAUACAUAUAACAGCAUCCAUCUUUUAUACAGCUCUCCUUCAGCUGUGUGAAUUAUAAAUAAAAACAUUCCCAAAUAA